AUGUUAGGGGGUGAUUUACACAAAUAUAUCGGAUACAGAAGAAAGAUGAACAAGCCAAUACGUGAAGAAAGGAUACUAAUAUGGCUUGUUCAGCUCCUCUCAGCACUAAAGUUCCUUCAUAAAAGAUACACCCUUCACAGAGACCUUAAGACUUUAAAUAUUUUAAUCGACUCUAAUAAAAACUUGAAGAUAUGUGAUUUCGGGGUGAGUAAAUCACUCAAUAGAACUUGUGAUAACGCAAGUACACUCAUUGGCACACCCUACUACUUCAGUCCUGAACUUGUUAAUGGACUUAAUUAUGGUUUCCCCUCCGACAUUUGGGCCCUCGGCUGUAUAUUAUAUGAGCUCUGCACAUUUAGAACACCGUUUCACGACGCAAAGGGAAUAGUAGAACUAACAAGACUAAUAAAUGAACGAAAGGUUCCGGAUUUGCCUCCUAGGUAUUCGAGGGAAUUAAAUGCUCUUUACCGGUCAAUGAUGUUCCACGACCUAAGAUACAGACUCACUGCCGUAGAGUUACUAUCAACUGACCUGUUACAGAAAGUUGUCAAGAACAUGAUUAGAGAUGUUAAAAUGAAGAACAGAAACACCAACGAAGAUACGAUUUAUGAACUAGAGAGAUACAUUGUUUCAAAAUCAAUAAAGACCGCUACAAAAUAA